CCCUGGCCUUGCUCCUAAGGCAACUAACUGAAUUGGAGCCAAUACUCCCUGCACGCGGAGACUGCGGAGUUGCUCAGGGUGAUGAGGACGAUCGAUGACAGAAUCGUCCAUGAGUUAAACACUACGAUUCCAACAGCCUCCUUUGUAGGGAAAGUUGAUGCUGGCCAGACGUGUAAAGAGCUCUACCAGUCUCUGAUGGAAGCUCACACCAGCAGAGAGAGGAUCAUCAAAAGCUGCAUCGCUCAGACUUCCAGUGUAGUGAAAACUCUCAGAGAAGAGAGGGAAAAGGCCCAGGAUGACAUAGCAUUAUUAAAGCAACUCAGGAAAGAGCAGACAAAGUUGAAAUUGAUGCAGUCGGAGCUGAAUGUCGAAGAAGUGGUAAACGACAGAAGCUGGAAGGUAUUUAAUGAACGUUGCCGAAUUCACUACAAGCCUCCAAAGAGCCAAUGAUGUGCGAGGUGUUUUCUGGCAGGGCGGUCCAUAAUCAUGAGAGCAAAACUGGAAAGAGAUGUUGGGUGAGCCGUAUCGGGGCCCUCCAGAACCAGUAGAACCCAGUCUUGUUUUGUUUUGGACCUACUUAACUGAAACGACAAGGUUUAAGUGAUUCUCCUGUAAUUAAGAGAAAGCAACUCAUCUUUUGUACAAAAUAUGUGAACAAAUGAGUUUUAUAGUAUUAAAAUAAUUUUCAAAUGGAAUGUGAAACUGGCAUCUUUCUUGACCUUCUCAAGCUUCAGCAGCCCUGGAGGGGAAGGAACAAUGAAAACUAGCCCUGAGCAAAACGGUUGCUUGAUGGGAUUUGAAGAAAUCGCUGCACAUGUAAAUUCUGUAGGUGAGUUGCAUCUGAAUUGGGAAAGUCAGAGUGCACGUCCCGCUGUUCCUGAACCUGGCAACACCGUUGAAUCUGGAAAGUGUUGAACACAACACCCCUACAAUAAUAAAGCAAAGCAAGUGYCAUGCAGUAAUGAUAUCUAUGUUAUUUACUAAUUUUAAUUGACUGGCAAUCAGUUGACUAAUGAUGGCAAUGUCUGUUUGUUUGUCAGUUGGUUUAUACUCCUGAACCCUUAAGAACUUGAGCAAAGMCUAAAAAGCCUGUAUGGGAGAUAGGAGGUAACUGGAAGAAUUCACAUUUCUCAUUGUCAAGCUGGCAAAGAUGUGUGUAAGCUCAUCUGUUUUAUAGCUCCUGUCUAGCAGAGAUUCUGCGACUCCUUGGUGGUCUUUAUUUUCAGGUGGCAGGGUACUUGCAGUCCUUUAGUCUCAAUUUUCUCCUUUGAGAAAGUGACAGAAAUAUAUUUAAUUCUUUGAGGAGGUAAAUUUUAAUUUGCAAACUCCGUUGUACUGCACUGCCAUUGCCCUUAUGAAGAACUUUACUGUGGUUAGAGCUGUCUUGUCUUCUCCUUGAAGUAUCUCAUGUGUAUUUUUCUGUAAGACCGAGAGCAGAGAGCAUGCUUGUUCC